AUGCCUUCAAUUCAGAACAUUGUCAUUCCGGCAGUCCUCUCACUUGCAGUGGCUGCGAAUGCCCGUUUCAACCUUGGCGAUGCUCUACUUGGAAAGCGACUCGUUACCAACUGCCCUAACGAAUGGACGCCAAUCAACUACAACGGCAACGACAGAUGCUGUCACGGAUCCCUGUCUGUGGAAGAAGACAACAACCCCUACUGCUGCGUCAUGAACUACGAUGAUUACCGUGACACUGAUGUCCAGUUCUCGGACUGCUUCCCCUUCUGCAGCGGUACCGACUACGGAGGUCCAUCAGUGAGCUGGAGCAACGAGCCCACCUGCAUUACCCGGGUCCCGUUCUCCGCGAAUGGAUACUCUAGCAUUGUCUCGGCCGCUGUGUCUUCGGGCCGUUAUUCUUCUACAACUACUGGUCCGGCUACCAACGAGGCUACUGCUACCCCGACGUCCACUAGUGACUACAAUCGUGACAACCAAGACGCUACAUCUACUUCCACUUGGUCUGGUGACUCGACUAUGAACGCGGCGCCUAUUGCUACCGCCGGUAGUGUCCUCGGUGGAGCUGCAUUUGCUGCUGCUCUGCUUGCGCUUUAA